AUGGAAAGCAAUGCAACCACCAAUACAAUUGGAAACUUGACUUUAAUCGUCAGAGAAAAGAACAUCUAUCAUACGAUCGUGAAAGAUAAGGAGUCCCAAUAUAGUUCAAGUUCAAAUCCCGAGUGUGCUACAGAUGUUACAUUUCCAACCAAUAUUAAAUAUAUAUUCGAGGAUGAUGAGGAGCAUGAAAAGGUAAUAGGAUUGGACACUACUAGUUUGGGCUCAAGUAAAGAUACUAUUGAAAACGUAAUAGUUGUUCAACUUGACGAGAAUGGAGCAUUUGAGGACGUUGAUUUGAUCAGCGAAAAUUAUAUCCUAUUAGAUGUGAUAAAAAGUGAAGAUACCGUGGAUGAAAAUAAAAAUAUUAGCAGGAAUCAUGAUAUCGAGCUCCAAGUACUGUCCAAAUUCAGAGAUUUGUCGCCAAUUGCUAAUGAUCUACCCUUAGAUGAUAUGAUAAGUUUAUAUAGGAUUCAGAAUGAACAGAUAGAAACAAUUUGCAAUUCUUUAUAA